AUGGGUUCUGCAACAAGAACUCCACCCUUUGGAGUCUAUACCCCGGUCGUUACCUUCUUCAACGACGACGAAAGUAUCAAUUACAAUGCCAUAACACAACACGUUAGUAGACUGCUUCAGGCUGGCGUGAAAGGACUCGUUGUUCAUGGUAGCAACGGAGAAGCUACCCACCUAUUGUCAGAUGAACGAGCUCAAGUUAUCCGACAUAUUCGUGGCUUGGUGUCCAGGUUCAACAGCGAUGCUGUGAUUAUCGCGGGAUGCAGCGCAAACAGCGUGCUGAAAACUGUUCGUCACAUCCAAGCUGCUUGCGAUGCGGGUGCAGACUUUGCUCUUGUGCUGCCUCCAAGUUACUGGAGUGCGGCCAUGAACAAACAGGUCAUCAAAGCCUUCUAUCUCGGGGUUGCUUCUAAAUCUCCCCUUCCCGUACUCAUAUACAACUUUCCUGGAGUCACUAGUGGCAUCGACGUUGACUCGGACCUUAUUCUCGAGCUAGCCAACGAGUCAUCCAACAUCGUGGGUGUUAAGCUUACAUGCGGAAACCUGGGCAAGCUGCAACGUAUCUCGACGUCGGUCGACCAAGAGAGAUUCACCGCUAUUGCCGGAAAGGCUGACUUCUUGCUGCCCGGCCUUGUAGUCGGCUCCAACGGCGUCAUCUCAGCCUUGGCAAACGUGGUUCCCAGGGUUCAUGUCGAGGUCAUUCGGCUCUAUACCGCCGGGGACCUUGAGAAGGCAAAGGCUAUACAAGCCGAAUUGUCCAAGGCUGAUUGGGCUCUUCUAAAGUUUGGUAUCUCAGGAGUGAAGGCGGCUUGUGAGAAGUGGUUCGGUUAUGGCAGCGGGAGAGUUAGGAGCCCACUUCCAAAUGUGGAUGUGAGAAAGCUAAGUGAAGGAGAUAUCAGCGCGUUGGUAUCACUUGUGAAAAUGGAAAAAUCACUUAUGGAAUCGGCGAGGCUAUAA